AACCAGGCUGUCUAGUGGCGGGGCCCAGGGCCGGCAGCUGGGACUCGGCCCUGCCCAGCUAGCGGGGCUGGGACGGCGGGCGCCGGCGUGCUGGGGCUGGCGCGGGAGGAGGGAGUCCAGACUGCGAGAACGUCCCGCGCCCCGCCUUUCCCUCGCUCUCCGGAACCCUGGGGCCCGGGGCGCGCGGCGAGUAAAGGCAUGACUUCCCAGCAUCUCAGGGAAAACAGGGUGCGAGCCCAGAAACUCUUUUCCCACCACCACUUGUUGAAAAACUGAUUUUGAAAGCGUCUCCGGUUUGAAGCAACGGAAAGUGCCAGGAUUUCAUGCAUCUCUGGUUUUGCGCUGGGACCCCUUACUACUAAGUAUCAAGACGAAAAAAACUGGAAACUAAUCAGAACCUUAUUCAAAGUCAAAAUGGAAAGAUUUGUAGUGACAGCACCACCUGCUCGAAACCGUUCUAAGACUGCUUUGUAUGUGACUCCCCUGGAUCGAGUCACUGAGUUUGGAGGUGAGCUGCACGAAGAUGGAGGAAAACUCUUCUGCACUUCUUGCAAUGUGGUUCUGAAUCAUGUUCGCAAGUCUGCCAUUAGUGACCACCUCAAGUCAAAGACUCAUACCAAGAGGAAGGCAGAAUUUGAAGAGCAGAAUGUGAGAAAGAAGCAAAGGCCUCUAACUGCAUCCCUUCAGUGCAACAGUACUGCACAAACAGAGAAAGUCAGUGUUAUCCAGGACUUCGUGAAAAUGUGCCUGGAAGCCAACAUCCCACUUGAGAAGGCUGAUCACCCAGCCGUCCGUGCUUUCCUGUCUCGCCAUGUGAAGAAUGGAGGCUCCAUACCUAAGUCAGACCAGCUGAGGAGAGCAUAUCUGCCUGAUGGAUAUGAGAAUGAGAAUCAGCUCCUCAACUCACAAGAUUGUUGACCAGGAGGUUACCAUCAUUGUGAUCAAGAUUAAAUAAUGUGGAGUGUUAAAGUUAUGUAUUGAUUAUAUGGUUCAUUUUUAUAUUUAUUUCGUUUAAAAAUCAUGUGAUGCAGAAUAGUUUUUCAAUGUGUAUAUAGUUGCAAGCAAAAACAAAACAAAAAUUUUCACCAUAAAACUCACUGUUAAUUUUAGUCACCAAUGGUGUAAAACAACACUUAAGGUUUAGAGUAUGCUAGAAUACCUUAAACCUGAUGGUUAUCUUUAAAGUUGAAGGUUUUUCUCCUGAAAUACUUGUGCAUGGAAGAACUGCCCUGCUUUUUUACCCUGUUGCCAUGUAUGAUUAUUCCUUGUGAGAGUACUUAAUUACUUGGAUUGAAGACUAGCCUAGGAAAUUGAAGCUGCUGCCAGGCAACACCACUCACAGUAACUUAAAGGAAUUCUUUCUGAUUAGAGGAUCCUCCUCAAAAUGGAAGCGAUGGUGGUAAACUGUUCUUGUAUAUUCAGAUCCCUAGCAGAAAAUGACUGUUUAUUUCAAACUGUGCUUUAUUUUGUAUAUGAUGUAGUUACCUUAGCUAUCCUUCAGUUCCUCAAUGUGUUUUCCCCCCUUUUUAAAGGCUUAUUGUUAUAUUUAGUAACAGCUUCAAGUGACCAAAAGACUAAAAUCUUUUAAUGUCAGUGCCAAAAGCCAUAGGGAAUUUUGCAGUGACACAAUUUUAGUCUCUUAACAUAAACACAACAUUUUGAACCAUCUUGAGUUUGUAAGCUUUUUUUUGAUGUCUUGAUGUUAAAAGACACCAAGAUUGUCAUUUUAAUUUAAACAGGUAGACACUUUAUUAUUGAGUUUUCUGCUUUUACAGAAAACUAGUAAUUUUUUGCUGACAGAUCAGAAAAUAAGGAAAUUACUUUCUAUGCAUUAAUUUUUCCAUAUGGUUUUAUAAGAGUUUAGCUGGGAUAAGUAGACUAGAAACAAGUUUACUUUCACUUUUAUGUGCUUUGCCUCUGGUGGUACAAGGUUUUUAAAUAGAUUGUAAACAUUGUCUAAAAAUAUAAGAUUUUUGUGUAUCCUGUACAACUCUUUGGGUGAGGAAAUAAUCAGUUCUGUUAGAGGUCAACCAUGUUCAGGAAAUGAUUUCUAUCUGAACCUCACUAUCUUUUAAGGUUUUCAGAGACCCAAAUUAUAUUUUAAAAAACUAAACAGUUGAAAACUUGGAGUAUAGCUUUAAAAAAAUCUUAAAUUCUUUGAAAGCAUUCAAGUUAAAAUACUUAUAAGAUAUAUUUCUAUUACAAAGCACUGAUCACAAAUCUUUAUUUAAAAAAGAAAAGCCAAAGUGAGUAAGAACAAGGUUUAGAUUUUUUAUUUUUCAGAAACAGCUUUCCAUGUCUAAAUUUCUUUUACAGACUUAAAUUCCUAGUUCAGGUUGUCAAAGUGUCCAUCUGAUUUUAGAUUUGAUGUGGAUUUUGUUUUGUUUUGUUUAUUUUAAAAUAAGCCUGCCACCAAAAAAAAAAGUCACCUGUCAAAAUUUGAAUACCAAUUUCAUGUUCAGUUAUAUUAAAGUAGCACAAUAAAUUCCUAGAGUAGUGCUCUCAUUGAUAAAGCACAUACACGAAAAGACCAUCAGCAAAACAUAACCAAAAUGUAUUUUGUUUUUACUUCCUCUAGUAAAGAAUUUGCAGGCAACCAUGUUUAAUUUGAAUUAUCUAUGAUAGUAAAAAGUCUUAAGAAGCUGGGAAAGUAAUUGAGUUUUAUAAUGCUAUUUUCAGAAUACAACAAUAAGGUUAGAUAUGCAAUCAUUCUAAUUUUUCAAAAUUCCAUGUGAUUCAGACUGCUUCCUAUUGUUUGGGUAUAAAUUUGCACUUAAAUCUAUAGUGGCAGAACAGCUUUAAGUAGUCCUAAACUAUAAACUGGAUGACAUUCCACUGGAAAAACACCAAUAAUUCACAUUUGAGUUUCUAGUAGUUAUUACAGAUUUGAUGAUCAUUUAGGUCCCAUGUAAAUGUAUUUCACCAGGCUCCAAACUAUUCCCACACACACCAUAUCUAGGGGCAGAAUCCAUCCUCCUGCUAUGAUUAUAUCAUGUCCUUAGAAGCGUUUUUCAUCCUUUUGUGGAGGUUUCAUUGUUUCUUGAUUAUAAAACUUUUUGUUCCCUGAGUCUGGUUAAUCUUGUCUCAUAGUUCAAUAGAUAAAGCAGAAUGAUUGUUUUAGCCUGCUGAAACAUACAAAUCUGUGAAACCAUGGUUGGCAUAUGUUAACAAAUGAGAAUAUCUAAGAGGCAUUUACUGCUGUCAAAGUGUAGUGGACGUAUGUUCUGAAGUUUUAAAUCUUAACUAUAUAGUGUUAGUGUGAUACUAUACUAUUUGGGAAAAUAACAUUUUCUAUUUUAUAAGUUGUAUGCAUAAACAUAAGAUAUGUAAUAUUUCAUUUAUAAACUGCCUUCAACACAUGCUUACCUGUUAAUAGUGUUUUCUUGAACUAUAGUAGUAUGUCUUCCAAAAUUUCACCUUAUGCUUACAGUAAAUAGUUCCUAGCUAGUUGAAAUGUUAAAUUCCUUGUUGGUUUCUUUUGAUUCUAUGGGGCAUAUAGCAAGCCUGAAGGACAUUGUAAUAAUUUCUUAUGGGGUGAAAAUCUAGAAAGAUUGUGUAUGAGAGCCUAAAUAGUUAUUUUAUUCAUUAUCAUCUUUGGGUUAGACCUUUUUUUUUUUUUUUUUUUAACAAAUGCUACUUCCAGUUAAUGCAUUUGGCCCUACUGAAUUUUCAGGGACCAAAAAACUUUAAAGAAAAAGUUAUGCAUCUUAGAAUUGUAACCAACUAAGAAUUGGCUUGGGAUUAUUCUGAAGUAUUUAUUGCUUAAAAACUAUUGUAAGUAACAGUUGGCAAGAACUCUAAGCAGAAAGUUCCAUGUUAAAACUUUUGCCUGAAAGAAUUUGUAUGUGAAAGUUAAUAGAAAACACAUUUAAAGAAAAUAAAUUUAAAGUGGCUAUAAAUGAAAGCCACAGAAAAUCAUUUGGUGCUUAGUCUUUGUAAGGGCUCUCCAUGGUAUGACUUGCCCCAACUGCUUUUAAAUGAGUACUUAUCACCUUCAUUAAAUAGAAGAUUCAUUCUAUAAUUUCAUUGAAAAUAUUAGCCGAAAAUAAAUUGCUUUAGCAUCUGGUCAGCACUGAUUAAAAUGUGAAUAGUGAAGUGGCUAUCUUAAACCUUGGUUUAUCUGAAUCUAUAUUGUCAUAGACUUCUGAGGUAAAUACAAUUCUUACCUAGUGGUAUUCUACUUGUAUCCAGAAUACUGUAUUCAUUAAAAUUUACUGUGUUCA